CGGUAAUCUGUGUCUUUGGGCGCUCGGGAAAAUGGUCUGUUCAUUUUUGAUGAAAGAAUAUUAAUAUUUUUAUUCUUUUUGCAAUGUCAUUGCUGUUAACGCGGAAGUUCGCACAAUACUCAUUAAAUCUUACCGUGAAAAUGGCGACAGAGACACCAAAGCAACCAAGUUCAGACAUGGCAGCCUUUCGAAAGGUGUUUGAUAAGGCCCGCCACAUAGUUGUGCUGACUGGGGCUGGUGUGAGUGCAGAGAGCGGUGUACCAACUUUCCGAGGUGCUGGAGGCUUGUGGCGGAAAUGGAGAGCUCAGGACCUUGCCACACCCUGGGCAUUCCAGGAUAAUCCCUCUCUCGUCUGGGAGUUCUACCAUUAUAGGAGAGAGGUUAUGGGUUCAAAAAACCCAAAUAAGGCCCAUGAAGCUAUAGCAAACUGUGAGAAGAGGCUGGCAAAACAAGGUCGAAGGGUCGUGGUCGUCACUCAAAAUAUAGACGAACUACAUAAGCGGGCUGGCUCGGAAAAUAUCAUGGAGUUACAUGGUAAUCUCUUCACAACUAGAUGUACAAAAUGUGGCCAUAUAGAAAAAAAUCAUGACAGUCCUAUAUGUGAGGCAUUAAGAGGAAAAGGCGAACCUGAUCCCACAGCUGAAGAUGCAAGGAUUUCUCCAGAACUCCUUCCCAGGUGUAAGCAGGAGGGUUGUGGGGCCAUGACACGACCCCAUGUUGUCUGGUUCGGGGAAAACCUGAACGAGGCUCUGCUGGACAGCGCUCAGAAGGAGUUGGAUCUCUGUGAUCUGUGCCUUGUGGUAGGCACAUCAUCUGUGGUGUAUCCAGCCGCUAUGUUUGCACCGCAAGUGGCUAACAGAGGGGUCCCAGUUGCAGAGUUCAACAUAGAACCAACAAGCGUUACAAACAGUUUUGGAUUUCAUUUCACAGGGCCAUGUGGAAGCACUUUGCCUGAGGCCCUGGCGCCCACUGAAAGUGAACCAAAAUAACCAACAUAUUGUUACAUAUGACUGAUAACUAUCAUUGUGUGCUAUUGAGAGGUUCAGCUUGGACUAAAUGUGAUACAAUUUCUGUAAACACAACUGAAUAAUGUUAACCUGUGCUUUCAAUUUUUAUAUAAUAAUAAUUUAUAUAAUAUAUUGUUGUUACAUUUUAUGUCAGUAAUCAGACUUGUAAUUGUAUUUAUUUUCAUUAAUACCGUUCUUCAGUCUGUUGAUAACUUGAGUGUUGCUCUGAUUUUGAAAGCACCAAAGAGCACUAAUGUAAUGUCAGAGAGUACUUACCCUAGGGGUUGAGGUGUCUGGUUUCUACCCCAAGCCCUAGUACUUUCUUAUUGUCUAUUGAUUGGCCAGUUCAAUUUAAACAUGUUAAUUUUACAUUUGUGAAACCAGUCGGAAGCUAUUUUGUUGACCUGUUAUCUCAGUUUUUUGGGUAUGUCAAUUUUUUUCCUAGUUCUGAAUUAAUUCCUAAUAUUUCUAUAUAUUAAAACAAUCCCGCUUAUGUAAACAAACAAAAAAUCGCAAAUAUUAAUAUUUGCAAUAUCAAAGUUGAAUUUCACACAUUUCUUUCUGUCAAACUGCAGGUCGAACUGAAGGUGCUGUUAUAAUUUGGUGUAUAAUUUGUAAUAGUGAAUAGUUAAAGUUGUUUAUUUAUGUACUUUAUGAAGAGACAUUUAUUGCACGU